AUGCCGCUCUACGGUUGUGGUGAGAAUAGUGACGAAUACCUAGGACAACCUCAAUCCUGCCUUCGUCGCUCUGUUGGCGAAGAGCAUCGUUGUGAGCACAACAAUCAAGGGAGAGAGUCUUCAUACUGUCCACUAUGGCCUCUCAAACUCAGGCCUUUAACAAGGCCCAGCCAGAAUAUUCGCAUCAUCAGCUGCGAUGAUGGGUCCACGUUUGUGCAAGUGGACGAUCAUUUGAAACAUCUUAGCCAUCAUCCUCUUGACGAUGAGGAACUUGCCCUUGUCACGGAUGCGAUACACCCAAGCCGGAUCCAGCAAGCUAUUGUGCUGUCGCGAAGCCAUAGGGCAGCCUUUCUCUGCAAUAACGGGAAGCUGUAUAUCCUCGUCACGCAGGAUGGGGAUGAUCAAUUUACCACGCGAGUGAUUUCUAUUCCAGGAAAACAAAUCUCAUAUAUCGCGGUACGAAGCGCGCGUAUACAUAACCCGGCCCUUAUUUCAGGGGCAGUUGCCCUUGUUCUCGGAAGCGAUUCCCGCACAGUUGUCUCCUUCGACUCAUGGCAGCCGAUGAUUGCCUGGUUGACGGACAAUGAGACCAAGGAAGCACCCACUCAUUCAGUAACAUUCGCAGCUCCUAUCGUCAAGCUUACCAGUAAAUUCGCUGCGCUCGACGAGGCUGGUACUGUGCAUGUCUGGGGCGUAAAGAGCACUGUUCAACCCCCCGAUCCACCGGACGAGGAUGAAGCGUUUGAAGAGGCAUGGAAUCGCUAUGUUCUUUUUGGUGAUCCAAUCCAACAAUGGCCGUCUCGACGACCUGAAGCGCUGGAUUACACCCCCCGAAGUUUACCACUGCCGCCUAUCAAGAAGCUGGCAACAGGAGGAUGUUACAAUGCUGGCAUCUCUCGUGCGGGACAGCUGUUCAUCUGGGGCUACAGAUCGGGGAAAUGGCCCGAAAUCGCAGACGUUAAUCCGAUGAGCGCUGCCGAGUUCAAGGAAGCUGCCAUUAGAAAUGAUACUGGUAACCGCCUCCAGAUCGUCGAUUCAGCUGCGGGACGGGCGCAUGUUAUAGCUUUGGGGGUGGAUGGAUCGCUUUGGUCUGCGGGCGAUGGGCUCAAUGGGCAAUUGGGCAUAGGGACCAGGCAGUUUGGGUUAUGUACUGGAGAUGGAAAUACUGAUAUCGCGGCUAAUGACACUGGUGAGGAGUUUGCCGUUCACUGGCAAAAGAUGGAUACCGCAGGAAUAUUGGGCAAUGGAGAGAGAUGCGAGGCCGUUUUCUGUGAGGGAGAUCACACAUUGAUUGUAGCCAGGAACAAUACAGUCUAG